AUGGUAUGGAGGAAACAAAACAGGGAGUUUGAAUUAAAAAAUUUAAAAGGCACUGUCAAGCACGGGUGGGGUUCUGUCAUGGUAUGGGGCUGCAUGGCUGCCAAUGGCGUUGGUAAUCUAGUUUUUAUUGACGGAAUAAUGGAUAAGAUGAAUUAUUUAAACAUUUUAUGGGGUCAUUUGUCAUCAAGUGCAACAAAAUUGCAAUUGGUAAGUAAUUAUUAUUUCCAACACGACAAUGACUCGAAGCACACAGCUUAUAUUGUUAAACAAUGGGCCUUAUAUAAUACUCCACAUGUUUUAUCAAUACCGCCCCAAAGUCCCGACGUGAACCCUAUUGAGAAUUUAUGGACAGAGAUUGAAAGAAGAUUAAAAAAGAUCUGGGAAGAUUGGUACAAGAAUUUUAUGGAAAAGUUAGGUGGGGAGAAGAGCUUGCAAUCGGGAAAGGAGAAAACGGUUAUAACAGGGGAAGUCAGCGACCUUUUGGAAGCAGAGUUGACAGUUAAAGAAAUUGAGUUGCAAAUAACGAGGCUAAAAAAGAAAAAAGCCGCAGGAAUUGACGGGAUGCCAAACGAGGCGUGGAUCUACAGUACAGGCAGUACGAGGGAAAGACUGAAGAACAUCACCCUGGAAAAAAACGACGAUCUUGGAAGAACAGAGUAG